AUGGCUGCCCAGUGGCUGUUGUUGCUCCUGCUCGUCCUCGCUGCCGGCGGCGGCGUUGUUCAAGUCCAUGGCCAGCUCGAUAACUUAGGUUUCGUAAGCAUCGACUGCGGCCUACCGGAGAAUGCCGCUGGGUACGUCGACAACGCCACCAAGCUGCGUUUCACCUCCGACGCCGGCUUCAUCAACUCCGGCACAAACCACAACAUGUCGGCCGAGUAUAUCACGCCGUCCAUGGGGAGGAGCUGGCACAACGUUCGCAGCUUCGCCGUUGGCGCCCGGAAUUGCUACACGCUCCGGUCCCUCGUGGCCGGGCUCAAGUACCUCGUCCGGGCCACGUUCAUGUACGGCAACUACGACGACCUCAACAGAGCACCAAUGUUCGACCUCCACCUAGGUGUCAACUACUGGACAAAGGUGAACAUCUCCGAUGCCAUCACGCCAGAAAUCUAUGAGAUCAUCGCCGUGGUUCCCGGCGACUCCGCGCAGGUCUGCCUCGUGAACACCGGCUCCGGGACGCCGUUCAUCUCCAGCCUGAGCCUGAGGCCCUUUAAGGACGGGCUCUACCCGAUGGCCAACGCGACGCAGGGCCUGGUCCUUGUCUCCAGGGUUAACUUUGGCCCGUCAGACGGCGUGGUCGUCCGGUUUCCUGACGAUCCGCAUGACCGUAUAUGGAUGCCGCUGAGCAAGCCGACGGAGUGGUCGGAGAUCUCGACGACGAAGAAGGUCCAGAACAUGAACGCUGACAGCUUCGAAGCGCCGUCCGCCGUGAUGCAGACCGCCAUCACACCCAUCAACGCCACAAGCCCCAUCGAGUUCUCUUGGGAUGCUCAACCCAACGUCAACGAUCCAUCGCCAGGGUACAUCUGUGUCUUGCACCUGUCGGAGCUACAGAUCCUCUCUGGCAAUGCCGUGCGGCAGUUCUACAUCACAGUCAACGGAGAAUUCUGGGAUCCACGGGGCUUCACUCCGCAAUACCUAUACACCAACGCCGCCUACAACACCGACCCCAACCACCAGUUCCACCAGUACAAUGUCUCACUCAACGCCACCGCCAACUCCACGCUCCCGCCGAUUCUCAAUGCCCUUGAGGUCUUCUCCGUCUUGAGUACCACCGGCAUAACCACAGCCCCUUCAGAUGUUUCUGCUAUGACGGCGGUGAGAGACAAGUACCAGCUGGUGAAGGACUGGAUGGGGGAUCCUUGCUUGCCCAAGAAUUUCGCGUGGAAAGGAUUAGGUUGCAGCUAUGCUGUUUCCAGCCCAGCAAUUGUAACAGGCUUGAACCUAUCUUCCAGUGGUCUCAGUGGCAACAUGUCGCCUUUCUUUGGCAGUCUCAAAGGUUUACAAUACUUGGAUUUGUCACGCAAUAAUCUGACGGGCACAAUUCCUAAUAACCUAUCACAGUUGUCUGCGCUCACACUUAUAGAUUUGACAGGGAAUAACCUCAGCGGAUCAAUUCCUUCUGGGCUUCUGAAGAGAAUUCAAGAUGGCUCUCUAAUACUUAGAUACGGUAACAAUCCAAAUAUCUGCAGCGAUGGCAACUCUUGUCAGAUUCUAGAAAAGAAGAAAAGUUCUAUGCUUGCCAUCUAUGUUACUAUUCCAAUAGUUGCAGUGAUGGUGAUUGUGCUUUUAGUAGUACUGCUCAUGUGCAUGCGGAGAAAGCAACCGACAAGCAAAAAUUUGAUGCCGCGAAACAGGAGGAGUAGCAUGCACACAUCGCUGCAGAUCAACAAUCGCCGGUUCACAUACAACGAACUAGUGGUCGUAACGAGCGGUUUCCAACGAGUGAUUGGCCAGGGAGGUUUUGGGAAAGUCUACGAUGGCUUCUUGGAAGAUGGCACCCAAGUUGCUGUGAAACUGCGGUCUGAAUCUUCAGAUCAAGGUGUAGCCGAAUUCCUGGCAGAGGCUCAGAUCUUGGCUAAGAUCCAUCAUAAGAAUCUUGUCUCCUUGAUUGGCUACUGCAAGGACAGGGAGUACAUGGCUCUUGUAUAUGAGUACAUGUCUGAAGGAGCCCUACAUGAACAUCUUAGAGCGAGAGAAAACACUCUAAGGUGUUUAACCUGGACGCAAAGACUCCGUAUAGCAUUGGAAUCCGCGCAAGGGCUUCAGUAUCUACACAAGGGGUGCAGUCCACCCCUUAUUCACAGGGAUGUGAAGACGUCUAACAUCCUGCUGAAUGCAAACUUGGAGGCAAAGAUUGCCGAUUUUGGCCUACUCAAGGCUUUCAGUAGUAACUAUGAUACCCAUGUGUCCACAGGAAGGGUGGUUGGAACUCCUGGUUACCUUGCCCCAGAGUACCAAGCUACACACCAGCUCACCAAUAAGACUGAUGUGUUCAGCUAUGGCGUAGUACUACUAGAGAUAGUCACAGGUCAACCACACAUCCCGAAUGACCCUGAGCCGACGGGCAUCGUCCUGUGGGUGAGGCGGCGCCUAGUCAGUGGUAACAUUGAGGGCAUUGUGGAUACACGCAUGUGCGGCGAUCACGACGUCAACAGCGUCUGGAAAGUUACGGACACCGCGCUCAAGUGCACCUCCCAAACUCCAGAGGAGCGACCCUCCAUGACCGACGUGGUAGCGCUGCUCAAGGAGUGCCUUGAGCUCGAAGCUGCGCGCGUCGUCUCUAAUGCAGGCAUCACUGUUUACCACUUCGAUUCGAAUGAUGUGGGCGCGGGCGUGUUCACUGUGAAAGUGGUGCUUUUCCUGACUGUUUGUGGUGGUGGUUUUCCUGAGUGA